CAACCAUGGCCUCGCAUAUGCCUCCGGCCACAGGCGCGGGGGUCUCAGCCCCUCGAAAGGUCGAGGAUAUUGCCCGAGAGGCGCAGAACUAUGAAUACAACCCCUCGAUUCCGCUGCGGUUUUGGCUACGGACCGCCACGAAUUUACUGAGAGAGGCCUGUAUUUACGAACGCGAGGGAGACGAUGAACAAGCGUACUGCCUAUUGUUUCGCCAUGCCCAGUUGGUUCUCGAGAACCUGGCAAAACAUUCGGAAGCCAAAAAUGAGCAGAAUCGGAAAGCUCUGAUGGAAGCAAACAAGGAUGUCAACAGGAAUCUCAAGAAGUUGGAAAUCCUCAGACCUCGAAUCAAUAAACGAUAUAAACGCUAUACCGAGUUGAUGAAUGAUCGCCAAGCUCGAAGCCCGCCCUUAGGAACGAACCAGACCGGGCCCAACCAGCAGCAGCCUCAGCAUCCCGCAUUGGUAGGUGUUGCCACGCCUCUGGAGGCUGGCGAGAACCGAGACCUGGCUGUUAAACUAGCGAGGACGGAAAUCAACCGGAGGGCCACAGCUAGGAGAACUGUACGCCAAGCUGGAAUAGCACCCAAAGAGGAGCAGCGUCGGCGCCCCGCAGGUAUCUGGGGUGACUGGGAGGGCGCUUUGGACAAGAAGGGCACAGAUACGGACAAUGACCUGAGUCGACGGAUACAAGAUGUCAGGAUCAACAUGGACCAUGCGCACGAUGCGGACCGUCAAAAGAAGGCAACAGAAUCCACGGCGCGGCCGUUGACUCCAGGAUCCGGUUCGUCCACGUAUAAGUACCCAACAGUGCCUCGCCAGAAGGCGCUAGAUAUUGCGCCCUCCGUGACCAACGGAGCGAGAGAUGCGACGAUGUCCUUACCAGCGGCCCCGAUGCGGCCUCCAAAGGAACGAUUUGAGCCUCUCCAGCCAGUGGUCUUAGAUGGGCCAUCGCCGCCCCCAAGACCGGACAAGAUCUCCGCGGUACCCCUGACAUCCGCAGCUCAAACACAAGCUCCAGCCCCUCCGGCGAAAGUCAAGCCAGUCGCGGAUGGUGGGGAUGGCCGUUCAAACCUGGACCCAUCCAGCUUCACCUUCAAACCGGCCGCCUACCUGGAGAAUGGUACCCCUCUCCGGACGGUUUUCCUACCCCCAGAGCUACGAUCCACGUUCCUGUCGCUAGCAGCUUCGAACACACGACGCAAUCUGGAAACAUGUGGUAUACUUUGUGGGACCUUGAUAUCCAACGCUCUGUUCGUCUCCCGGCUUCUCAUCCCCGAACAAACCGCCACAUCGGACACGUGUGAAACGGUGAACGAGACUGCAAUAUUUGAAUACUGCGACUCGGAGGACUUGAUGAUCCUCGGCUGGAUUCAUACCCACCCGACGCAAACUUGCUUCAUGAGCUCGAGAGAUCUGCAUACGCACUCUGGAUACCAAGUGAUGCUGCCCGAGAGCAUUGCGAUCGUCUGCGCUCCGAGCAAAAUGCCGGACUGGGGCGUUUUCCGAUUGACCGACCCGCCCGGGCUCAAGACGGUCCUCAACUGUACGCAGCCCGGGUUGUUUCACCCACACGCUGAGCCCAAUAUCUACACCGAUGCGCUACGACCGGGGCAUGUGUUUGAAGCCAAGGGGCUUGAAUUCGAGACUGUGGAUCUACGGCAUCACCCCACCCGUGACCCGAAAGGAACUAAACUCAAACGAUCAUUUGUUAUCUUGAUUUCAAUCUCCUCUCACAGCUUCUCCAGCGUCUCCACGUCGCGUCAUUUUGACUUGAGCCUUCUUCUGCAGCUCCGUGGUAGCCAAUUGAAUGCCUGGGCAGUUUCGUUCCCUGGAUCCGUGAGCUCCUCCUCCGUCCCUCCGUCCCGUCCCUGCCGCACGCAUGUCUUCCUCCGCCUCCAGCUCGAGAUCCGCAUCUCGCUCUCGACAAUCGAACUCCCAGAUUCAUCAAUCGACUGCAUCCUACUUCUCCUACCCCGUCACACAUGUCGUAUCAGGCCUGUACCGUCGCCUCACCGACCCACCAGCUUCGAAAUCAAAGAACAUGAACCGCAAUCAAUCCUCCUCCAUGACCACCCCAAACGACUCCAUCACCUCAUCUCAGGUCUUCACCCCCGUUCGAACCGCAUCACCUUUCCAGCCCCCGCCGCUCACUCCCCUCACCCUCACCGGCGACCCCUCCAAUCUCGAACAACAGCUCCUAACUCGCGCCCUGGCCGAGGAAAUCCGGCUGCUAGUCCCAGCCCGCCUGCAACUCGUCGACACCUGGCGUCUAGCUACAGCCUGGACCGGGACGGCGCCUCGCUCGCCACUCUCUAUGAAAACUGUCGAGACAUAUCUCACCGUAGCCCGCGGGCGGGCUACGUUCUCAUCAUCCGCGACUCUUCUCCCUCCGGCGCCGUGUUCGGUGCUUACAUGACCGACCCCCCGCAUCCAGACUCUCAUUACUACGGCACGGGCGAAUGUUUCCUCUGGCGCGCAAGCGUUCUGACUUCCCCUGCGAACCUGAACCUGCCCCGCGACGGGCCCCCAUCGGAGGACAUGCUCGAACUCGCCGGUCUGCCCCUUCCACCGAGCGCUGAUACCACGCAUGCUGGUCGAUCCACGACCCUGCGGGCGAGGGAUGCUAAGUUGGCACCUCCAGCAACUAGCGGGCGUACUAGCGGCGCCAGUACUCCAGAGAGAAUCCGGUUUAAGGCGUUCCCAUACAGCGGAGUGAACGAUUAUAUGAUGUUCUGUGAAACGGGAUUUCUCAGCUUAGGUGGAGGAGAUGGCCAUUAUGGUCUGUGGGUUGACUCGAGCCUGGAAAAGGGCGUGAGUGCCGGGUGCCAGACAUUCGGCAACGAACCCCUGUCAGAUGAAGGCGUCAAAUUUGAUAUCCUUGGUGUCGAAGUAUGGUAUGUCGGUUCGUGA